AUGGAGGCGAAGAAGAAGGUCUUCUUCCAGGUUUUGCUGUUGAGAAUUCAGGCUCCUGACAUUCCUCGGAACGCCUGGAGCCGGGAAGACUUACUCAGAGUAGAGGAGGAUCAGUGCCCGCGUGCAGUGACUGUGCGCCUGGGGCGGUGCAGGAGCAGUAUAAAAGCGGGCCCUUCUCCUCCCUCUCUCAUCCACUCCUCUCGCCUCCAUCUCCUUGGGAACAAGGUGCACCUGCGGCCCCGAGACAUGUCCUGCUACAGCCAGUGCCUGCCAUGCCAGCCCUGCGGCCCGACCCCGCUGGCCAACAGCUGCAAUGAGCCCUGUGUCAGGCAGUGCCAGGACUCCACCGUCGUCAUCCAGCCCUCCCCCGUGGUGGUCACCCUGCCCGGCCCCAUCCUCAGCUCCUUCCCGCAGAGCACCGCCGUGGGAUCCUCCACCUCCGCUGCCGUUGGCAGCAUCCUCAGCUCUGAGGGAGUGCCCAUCUCCUCCGGGGGCUUUGGCCUCUCCAGCUUGGGCAGCCGCCUCUGCGGCAGGAGGUGUCUCCCCUGCUAA